AUGCAUCCCGUGGCGACAAAAUCACGAAGUGCUGGCGGCUGCUGGACGUGCCGUCUUCGGCGCAAAAAAUGUGACGAAGCACGCCCGAUCUGCAAGGGUUGUGUAGCACUCGAGAUCGAUUGUUUGUACAGCGACGACAAGCCAGAAUGGAUGGACGGCGGCGAAAAACAGAAGCAAAAAGCCGACUGGCUAAAAAGAGAGGUCAAGCGCAAGGCUGCUCAUCGGCGCGAGCGACGAUACCUUCAAGGUCUCGAGAUCAGGCUCGAGUCGCUUGAUGCCUCUCUCACCGACGAAAGCGAUACCACCGCACCGAAAGACCUGAUCAAUGCCGUCCCCCCAGCUCUCGGUGCGAAUGUCUCUUCAACUUCAGCCUCGCGCUCCAUAUCUGAAGAUUCCACGCCGAGAACUGGAUUCGACAGCGGUUCAACUGAUUCCUCGUUGUCCAUUCCGUCCCCCGAUGAGCACUCGGACAGUCCCAGUCCGCAGUGCGACGAGUCGAAAGAGAGUUUGUCCAAGGAGGAGGAGGCGCACUCGACCAUGAUGUACCUGGAUUAUGUCUUCCCAUUCUUGUUUCCGUACUAUCGGCCAUCCUUUGCAGAUGUAGGGCGGGGAUGGCUUUUGGUCCUUCUCGUCAAGAACAAAGCCCUAUUCCACUCCGCCCUUAGCCUGGCCAACUAUUUUUACGGCAUCAUCCUUGGGCACAUCCAAGACGCGUCUCAUCAGUGCCAUACGCAAAACCUGGAAGCUCUCCACAAGCAGCAAGGGUUGGCUCUCCAGUGGCUGCAACGAGAGAUGCGAGACAUCGUUACCCGCGGCGUGAAAGGAAAACUGGCCGAAGCGAACCGUGUGAUGGCAAGUAUCAUCCAGCUCAUGACGUGUGAAGUUGCUAUUGCAAAACCCGGCAACUGGGCCAUGCAUCUGAACGCUGCGGCCGAACUCUUCAACGAGAUGAUGAAGCAUCACGCUGUAACAGAGGCCGGCCGUCAUUGCUUCAUGAUGGUGCUCCUCCAGCUCGGCUCGAAGCCCUUCACGUGGACUCCCAAGAACCACCCCUGGGGUUCUGAUCAGGCAAUCCUGCGCUUCUUCACUGCCCAGCUUCUCUUCCUCGAUACUCUCGGGAGCACCGCCUUGCAGGAGCGCCCACGCCUUCUACAGUGGCAUCGGCACUUAAUGGCGACGCUUGAGGAAAAUGACAGGAAUCACAUGCCAGGAAGCGAGAAGGAAGGGACGGUACCGCACAUUAACCUUCAUGAGUUCAUCGGUAUCGAAAACUGGGUCAUUCUCUCCAUUGGAGAGAUUGCCGCCCUCGAUGCUUGGAAGAAGGAGAUGAAGCGGGCAGGGUCCUUGUCCAUCACUCACCUUGUCAGCCGCGCUUCAACAAUUGAGGAACGUCUUCAGGCCUCCCUGCAAACUCUUGAUGCUGCUAUCAGUCAAGGCGGGCGAGGAUCCGCGGAUGGAACUCAACAUCUUCUGCAGUAUUUUGCCGGCAGCUUUUCGCCACAGGUGAUGCAUGGUACUGCCAUGAACACCCGAAUUUGGGCUCAGGCAGCCAUCACAUACCUGAACGUCGUGCUUUCUGGAUGGCAGCCCUCCAGCCCGGAGAUCCGGAACUCCGUCACCCUAACCAUUGACAUGAUGCUUAGUCUUCCGAGCCCUGAUUGCCUCCGAACGCUUGUGUGGCCUUUCACCAUCACUGGGUGCUUGGCAGCUCCAGACCAAGAGCGGAUUUUCCGAGAGCUAGUAGCGGGUAUGGGUCCGUUCAAAGUCUUUGGCACCAUCCGGGAGGGCCUUGCUAUUAUGGAGAGGGUCUGGGAACGCCGCGCCGAGAUCAGUCCGGAUUGCUGGGACCUUGCGGCCGCUCUCAACUGCUUGGGCCGGCCAGCCUUGUUGAUCUGA